AUGAAAGUCACCAAGUCGAGGGACAACCAUGGUGUCGUCGAAGAGGUCAUCGGAUCUCGACCUAAAGUGCUUGAUGAUGUCGACAAGCUGCAAAAAGUGCAUCAAUACGACCCAAAUCUUCCAGAAAACGAGGUACAGAUCCUAGACGAGGCAUUCAAGACUGGCAAUGUCGAAAAGGCUCUCGAGAUCGACGAGGCCUUCACCAAAGAAUCACCAUACGAAGCAGUACGUGCCGCUGUGCGAGAGACGGAUGCUGAAGAAACUGCCAAUACCGUGCGAGCAUGGCUUCUAGGUUUCAUCUUUGUGACUCUCUCGAGUGGCAUCAAUAUGUUCCUGAGUAUGCGCAGUCCAGCUAUCACCAUUCCCACUGUGGUCAUUCUGCUGGUCGUAUACCCAUGUGGGCAGUUUCUUGCAAAGGUUCUCCCAACAAGGAAGUUUAAGACGUUCGGUAUGGAGUGGACACUCAACACAGGUCCUUUUUCGAUCAAAGAGCACACAGUGGUGGUACUCAUGGCCAAUGUCACCUACGGCUAUGCUUACAGUACAGACGCCUUGCUUGCCUUGAAAGCAAAGUCCUUGUACAACCUCGACAUGGGAUGGGGAUUCCAGCUUCUGUUCACUCUCAGCUCCCAGAUCAUUGGCAUUGCUUUCGCUGGUAUCUUCAGACGCUUUCUUGUCUGGCCUGCUGCUCUCAUAUGGCCUGCCAAUUUCUCUAUGACAACUCUGUUGUACGCUCUUCACGACAAGAGCAGGCCUGACCCUGCUAAAACAAACGGUUGGCAGAUCUCUCAAUAUCGCUUCUUUGUCUAUGUUGCUUUAGGUUCUUUUGCGUACUAUUGGUUGCCUGGUGUCAUCUGGCAGGGUUUAUCGGUCUUCUCGUUCGUCACCUGGAUCCGACCAAAUAAUGCCACUAUCAAUCAAUUGUUCGGAGGGUUUACUGGACUCUCGUUGAUACCACUGACCUUUGACUGGACGUACGUGACAGCAUACCUCAACGAUCCGUUACUCAGCCCAACAUUCUCGCAUCUCAAUACUAUUAUUGGGCUUGGAGUGUUCAUGAUCAUCACAACCUUAGGCAUCUCCUAUACUGGCGCUCUUUACUCGGAUUACUUACCUAUUAAUACUUCCACUACUUUUGACAACACGCAGGCAAAGUAUAAUGUAACCAAGAUCCUCGGUCCUGGCUACACUUUCGACCUCGAGAAAUACCAGAAGUAUUCUCCGAUGUUCCUCGCACCUACAUUCGCCUUGAACUAUGGUUUGAGUUUUGCCGCUUUGAUAGCUGCAAUCGUGCAUACCAUCGUCUAUCACCGCAGUGAGCUCUGGACUCGACUCCGUCUUGCAAGAAAGCAGGAGCCUCACGAUGUCCAUAUGCGACACAUGGCCAAAUAUCGUGAGGCUCCUGACUGGUGGUACGGCCUGCUGUUUCUCAUAGCUACAGCCUUUGGACUUGCUACAGUACUAGGCUACUCCUCUCAAUGCCCGUGGUGGGCAUAUUUCGUCUCGCUGAUCAUUGCACUCGUCUUCAUUGUCCCAUGUUGCAUGAUCCUCGGCAUUACCAAUAUUCAGCUGUCGCUCAAUGUCAUUUCGCCCUACCUUGCUGGUUUCAUGAUUCCAGGACGCCCAAUUGGAGUCAUGAUCUUCAAGGUUUACAGCACGAUUGUUCUGGGACAAGCACAAACAUUCAGUCAGGAUCUCAAGUUAGCGCAUUACAUGAAGAUACCCCCUCGCAUUACUUUCUGGUCGCAGGUCGUCAUGUCUCUGUGGGCCUCUAUUGUUCAGGUGGCAGUGAUGAACUGGACUCUGAGUAACAUUGACAAUGCCUGUGCUGCAGACCAAGCUUCUCACUUUACAUGUCCAAAUGGUCGCACCUUCUUCUCAUCGAGUAUUACUUGGGGAGUCAUUGGUCCUCAGCGUAUGUUUGGACCUGGCUCCAUUUACGCUGCGUUCAACUGGUUCUGGUUGGUUGGUGCAUUACUGCCUAUCGCAUUUUACACCUUGACAAAAGUGUUCCCAGACAAGCGACUACGCUUCUUGCAUGCUCCAGUCAUGCUCGGAGCUAUGUCCUGGCUCCCGCCUGCAACACCGCUCUCCUUCACAUCUUGGGCGUUGGUGGGUCUAAUCUUUAAUUGGUGGAUCCGUCGACGAUGGAAUGGGUGGUGGAGCCACUAUAACUAUAUCACGGCUGCUGCAUUGGACUCUGGACUUAUCAUCUCCACGCUAAUUAUCUUCUUCGCUAUCACGUUGCCAGAAGUUGAAGUGCCGAACUGGUGGGGUAAUGUGGGUGUCUUUGAGACUAUGGAUGCAUUGGGUACUGCAAUUAGGAAGACCGUUGUUGAUGGCGAGACUUUUGGACCAAAGACAUGGUGA